CAGUCCAGUCGUCGACUGUUUCAAUAUGGUGGAUCAGCUGGUGGGAAUUAUUGAACUACGAGUUAAUUAAUUUGAAAAUUAGCCAUGAUUGUUAGAAAAUGGGUUCUAUUGCUUCAGUAUUACAGUGGCACUGUGAAAAGUGCACUUUAAUAAAUCCCACUGAGCAAAUUAAGUGCAUAAGAUGUGGUACAGCUCGUGAAUUUAAACCCCCAAGAAAGUCUGGAAUUAGGGGUAGAAGUGCUAGUUUCAAUGAACGCUCCUUCAAAUAUUCUACUUUUACUGUUUCUUCAAUCAAAAAGGAUGAAUCAAGCAGUGAGCUGAUAAGUUCUGGUUCAUCAGUUCAAUCUGGAGAGGGGCCUAUUGACACUUGCCUUAAAUCAGGUGGAUGGCAGUGCAGGGUGAAGUGCGCAACAUGGCACCCGACCAGUGCCAGGGAAGCUGUCCUGCCCCGCUCAGCCAGUCUGCCUAGCCUCAUGUCUCGUUGGGACUGUCCCCACUGCCGACUGUCCAACUCAAGUGUAUCCAGUCGCUGCGCGGCGUGUGGCGUCGACACUAUGGCAGCGGAGACGCAGCAGCAGCCUUGGCCUGUGUCCAACAUUAACGUGCUCAUCGAUGAGCCACAGAACCGCUCACCCAAGCGACAGAGCCCCUCCGUGUACGAACGAGUGAAGUCCAAGGUGAGCAGGUCACUCUCCAACGGCGGUGUAGUGCACAGGCGGCUCACCGAUGGUAGAACCAGGCCCAGCAGCCUGAUCAUGGAGUCGAGUGGUGUCAGUUGGAACGUGAACAACAUCGGAGACAAGAACUCCUGGUCGUGUGUGAGGUGUACACUGGUCAACCUCAAUCAUGUGGACAGAUGUGCCGUGUGUGAGAUGCCGCGGAAAGCCAACAUUCCCGGAACAUACAGCACUCUACCGAGGUCUGGAGUCGUUAUUACCAUUCCGGAUUGGAGUACAGGAUCCAUCGGAUCUCACAGGAACCUGCCGAGCACUCCAGUUAAGGGAAUUGUAACCUUGGGGGCCCAAGAAACAGAAUCUAGUCCAGCGAAUAGUUUAUGGAUCAAACCUAUUUAUCGUAGAUCAUUCUCGGAGGUACUACCGUCAGAUUCGCCUUUAGAUAAUAAGACCAAUAGAAGAAGUUUAGUAGAAACGGAUGCUCAAGGGAAUUUGCAACAAACACCUCUGAGACAAAUUAAUAAUCUCAAUUUGAAACUGACUCCAAUACAUAGAUCUCCUAGUACUACAAGAUAUUCUUAUAUUGGAAUAUCGGAACCGGCUGUUCAGCACUCCAGAAGUCCACAAGGAAUGGGCACAGGUAAACGUAUUUCAACAGGACCAAUUGUGGUAGAUCUGACUGAUAAAAAGACACAAUUUUUAGAGAAUCUCGGUGCAAAAAACUUUGAGAGAAUGUGGACUUGUAUUAAAUGCUCCUACGCUUAUAAUCCUAUCUGGUCAGAAGCUUGUGAUAUUUGUAACUCUACGAGAAGCCCACCGAGUCUAACAGAACCGAGUCUCAUAACUGUUACUAAAGACAGUGUCCGAUAUACUCCACCAAAAGAUGGAGAAGGCUUGGAGAAUGGACCGGAAAAUGGGCCGGAGAACCAUCUCCAACAGGAUCUAGAAGAUGAUUUUCAAUUUUUGCCUGGAGAAAACGCAGAAGACUGGACCUGCAAGAAGUGUACUCUAGUCAACUCCGGUAGUGAGAUGGCCUGUGUGGUGUGUGGUGGGUCAAAGCUACGCAGUAUAACUUUAGUGAGAGACAUGACUCUCCGUAAGGGUGAGUUCUGGACCUGUCCUCAGUGCACACUGAAGAAUCCUCUAGCGACUCAGAACUGUCAAGUCUGCAAAACAGCCAACAAACCGCAGAGAUUGCUUGAAGUACCUACCUCAAAAAAUGUUCCAAGAAGUCCAUCUCCAAGGCAUGGUCAGAAGUCGAAGUCCAACAUUGCCAACCCUGCACUAGGUGCUAUACCCAAGCAGCGACAGGCUCGUAAGAAUGGUACACCGAGGAGCAGUGCUCAUGUGCGACACAGUCGAUCGGGUGUGAUUGGCAGUUACACGAAUGGUCCGGUCACAAACGAGCUGUCGGUGAUUCCAGCUCAAGUCGGUGCUCGAAGCCCCUCCGGCUCAUGGCAUUGUGUUCAUUGUACGUUUGAAAACCGCACAGCAUCAGUGGCAUGUGAGAUGUGCCAGAGUUCCCGCAGUCUGUCGGCAUCUGUGUCUCCGGUGCCUCCUGGAACUCCCGUGUCCUCAUCUCCUGCCCCUGCAGAGACACCCCCUGCCAAGGUGCAGACUGUCAGACAGGAGAGUGAACUGAUGGAAGAUCUGCGCCACAUAGAAGAACGGGAAGCACUGGAGAAAUGGAAAAGGAUUGUCCAAUAUUGUAAAGAGAACAAUGAGCCGUUUGUUGAUGAUUCGUUCCCGCCUGCACCCAAGUCUCUCUACUACAAUCCUGGGGAAAGCAAGGAUCAGAAUCAUGUGGUACAGUGGCUCCGGCCACACCAGAUCAACACCGAGGGUGACAGCAAGCUCAAGUGGGCGAUAUUCCGCACCCCUCUGCCUUCAGACAUAUCUCAAGGGGUGCUGGGUAACUGCUGGCUGCUUAGUGCCCUAGCAGUGUUAGCUGAGAGGGAGGAUCUGGUGAAGAAAGUGAUGGUAAUGCGGGACUACUGUCACCAAGGGGCCUACCAGGUGCGACUCUGCAAGGACGGCAAGUGGACCACUGUGCUGGUGGAUGACCUGCUGCCUUGCGACAAACGUGGUCACCUCGUCUACUCUCAGGCGAAGAGAAAACAGUUAUGGGUGCCUUUAAUAGAGAAAGCUGUGGCUAAAAUCCAUGGGUGCUACGAAGCGUUGGUCUCCGGGCGUGCCAUAGAGGGGUUGGCUACUCUCACAGGAGCUCCGUGUGAGAGUGUGCCACUACAGCCAAGCUCUCUACCGUCAGAGGAUGAACUGGACAAGGACCUGAUCUGGGCACAGUUGCUCAGCUCUAGACUGGCCAGGUUCCUGAUGGGGGCAUCCUGUGGCGGGGGCAACAUGAAGGUGGACGAGGAGGAGUACCAACGGCGGGGGCUGCGGCCCAGGCAUGCUUACUCGGUGCUGGACGUAAGGGACCUGAACGGUAUCAGGCUGGUGCGACUCAGGAACCCCUGGGGUCACUACUCGUGGCGAGGUGACUGGUCUGACGACUCCAACAUCUGGACACCUCAGCUGCGGGAGCUGCUCAUGCCUCACGGGGCAUCGGACGGAGUUUUCUGGAUCUCCUUUGAGGAUGUUCUAAAGUACUUUGAUUGCAUAGACAUCUGCAAAGUGCGGUGGUCAGGAUGGAAUGAGGUACGGCUGCGAGGCACACUGCCCCCUCUCUCUUCUCUCAGCCACUUGUCCUGUGUGCUACUCACGGUGCUGGAACCUACGGAAGCAGAAUUCACCCUCUUCCAGGAGGGCCAGAGAAAUUCGGAGAAGAGCCAAAGGUCCCAGCUGGACUUGUGUGUAGUUGUGUUCAGGACCAGGUCCCCUGCCAGCCCAGAGGUGGGCAGACUGGUAGAGCACAGCAAACGACAGGUCCGUGGCUUUGUCGGCUGUCACAAGAUGUUGGAGAGAGACCUUUAUAUCCUCGUUUGUCUGGCUUUUAACCACUGGCAUACAGGGAUAGAAGAUCCUGCCAACUACCCCCAGUAUGUGCUGGCGAUUCACAGCUCCAAGAGACUACUGGUGGAGCAGGUGUCACCCCCUCCCUUCGUGCUUGCCGACGCAAUCAUCAGCCUUACUUUGGCGAAAGGUCAAAGACAUGAGGGCCGAGAGGGCAUGACAGCUUACUACCUGACCAAGGGUUGGGCUGGACUCGUGGUGAUGGUGGAGAACAGACAUGAGAACAAGUGGAUCCAUGUCAAGUGUGAUUGCCAGGAGAGCUACAAUGUUGUGUCCACGAGGGGCCAGCUCAGGACUGUGGACUCCGUACCUCCUCUACACAGGCAAGUAAUUAUUGUCCUGACCCAGCUGGAGGGCAGCGGUGGGUUUUCAAUAGCCCAUCGUCUCACACACCGGCUGGCAAACUCUGGCGGACUGCACGACUGGGGCCCGCCAGGCAGCAACCACUGCCCGCCUAUUGACAAGCAGGUGGAGGGCCUCCACUCGCCCCGCCUCAUCACGUAACGCUGGUGGCCGUACUGCACAUAGUGGUGCUGAACUCUACUUGUGAUAUGUACAUACAUCUUGUCGCCAUAUUUUAACAGUUUUGUAAGUCAAGUGUGUUGCUACCAGUUAUUGUUUAGCUUACGGUAGUCACAUAUAAGGCACACGUGCACAACUAGCAGCCGAGGAAUCUCGAUAAAACAUAUGUUGUUGUUAUCAUUGGUUUUCUAUUGUUAAACAAUUAAUUUAGCACAGCUGGUCUGUCUAUCAUACCUCUGGGUGCAUGUUUCUUCCAUUGUAUUUCCUUUGCCAAAUUGUUGGACAUAACAUAAUAACAGGUUUGUAUUGCACUUAUGUAAUAUUAAAUUAUUGUAUUGAUCUCUCUAAUUAAUGUUGUAGCAUUUUGACCAAAAUAUUACUUUUAUGAAUUUUAUUUAUAUAUUUUUGCUUUUAUUAUUAGAAUUGUUCUCAAUUAUAUUUACGUUACAGAAUGAUUAACACCCAAAUUUUAUGUUCAGUUGAGAAUUAGUCUAGAUAUAAUCAUUUGAAAUAAUAGAUUACAAAUCGAUCAUUUUAUUUUUACAAAAUAGUUGAAUGUUGAUGAUAGAUUUUGUUUAUUAUUCUUUGCCUUUAUUGAUGAUUGAAUUUGGUUAAUUGUUAUUUGAAAUACAACGGAAAGAACCAAUGUCAUUUGACUAUCAUGAUACAUCACUUUGUAUGUUUUUUUAUUGUAAUCGAUACUUAUAAGAUGUACAAAAUCAUCUCUAAAACAGGUUUCAUUUUUAAGAAAGCAUUUAUUUAGCGAAUACUGUACUAUAUUGUACGUGUAAAGUUUGAGGUAAUGUACCACGAUUAGUCAGAAGAAGUGAUACUAGUAUUGGUAGCUAUUAUUAUCUUUUCUCAAUGUCAGCAUGUUCCAUAUAUUUAUACAUAUUUUUACGUAAAUUUGGCAGUUUUUUAUCUUAUAAAAAUGUGUUUUAAUAUUUUAACAGUUACCAUUUAGAAAGCACAAACUGAUUGUAUUGUAAAAUAAGUUAUUUAAAAUAAAUAGGUUAAUUUUUAAAAUAUUUUAUACACUGAUUAUUGUAAUUGAAUAUUUUUUUGUAUUUAAGAUAUAUUUUAUGCUUUAUAUAAAAUGUUUU